AUCCAUAAGAUAUGGGAAAAUCUGAUAAAAUGACUCAUUUGGGUUACUAGAAUAGCUCAGGCAGGUUGACCUGGGACUUGACCUGUUCACACAGUGGUCACAGAAUUUCUGCAGCUGCUGUGUCAUUAUCCCUCAUUCUCUCAAUUCAUUGCCUUCAUUUCAGUUCAGAAGAUUUGUCCUACAGUAUUUCUUUUUCUCAUUUUCCCCUGGCAUUCUUCCAGACCAAAAGAAAGCAUUACAUGUUUGUGUGGGCAUUGUGUAUGUGGGCAUGUAGGCUAUGUUGUCAAGUGUAGAUGCAUCAUGGGCAGAGGGUAAGCCACGAAGUCAGUUACAACAUUUUAGGAAAAUCUAUCUUCAUCUUGUCAGUUUCUACCUUUAACUGUUUUUUUUUGUCCUUUGUUCUCUCCUGAGGGGCGCAUGUUUUGUUGAAAACCGUUUCAACCCAGUGGUGGGCGAUGCUUCCCCUUUAAUGUGGAGCAGUGAGGACAGGAGUGUCGGGGAAGGGGGAGCGCAGAGGGAUGGGGCGAGGCGCGCAAGAAGCUCUUAGUAUGCGCUGCGAUACCCUACUGCAGCCCACGCGUCUCAACUAUGGUGAAUUAUGGUGAAAUAUGAGAGACAUGGGAAGAACCGGCAGCUCAAAAACAGUUGGUCGUGAUGAGAUGACAGCCACUGGAUAGAUUAGUCAAAUGAGGGAAGAAGGACAGAUAUGAAGGAAUGGACUCACGAUCUCAAGGCACCUGUUAAGAGGAGACAAACUGGAUAAACAUACAUGCGUCUGCGCACCAAGAGAAUCAGGGUGAAUUCCUGCAUGCCAUUAUCUGACAUUAUGCUGUAGUCCGACAGAUAAUGCUAUGCUGCUUUGUUUAGUGCAUGGAGUCUAUUGUGGCUGUCCAUGAUCCACACAGGGGAGGGCUACAAAUGGCUUGAGCAUGUAUGGCACUUGCCACUCCAAACUUAACUCACUCGCGCUUGCCAAUCAACUACAGCACUGCCAUUUAAUGUUUGAAUAUCCCAGUGCAUGAACGUGGCUGCUUUUUCUCAAAUUUAUGAAAAAAAAAAUAGUUCAAGUGUUAAAAACGCCAUCAGAGGACUGCGUUAUUCUAUGGAAUAGAUUGUGACCAUAUGAUUCCAUUUGUUACUAAUGUGCAUCAUUGGUGUCUUCAUAUGGAUAUUCCCCAUCAGAAAAAAAGAUGGUGGAAUUUACAUGCGAUAAAAUGGAAAACACAGAGAUGCAAAAAUCUUCAGGCACCUGUUUCGGGAUCAAACAGAGCCGGAGCUUCAGGUGAUAUAUGGCUGGCAGAAAGGGGCUGCUUUGACUGUGGGGGCUGACUUUUGACCUGACACUUCUGCUGGGCCCUUUAGGCAGUACCAUCAGAGGACAACAAGCCUUACACGUGCCAGUGCAAAUAGCUCUUUGCAGGCCAAUCUGCCUGUACCUGAACCCACAAGCGUGUGGAGCCUUUAUCUCCUCGUGGCCCGACGUGGCCCCAUCCUUUCUGAAACCUGCAGGUCCCAUCUCCUUCCACCAUGACAGUUGCUACCAGCGACCCUGCGGACGAAGCCGCAGCACAUCCGGGUCAGCCUCAUGACCAGUACGACCCAGAGCCAGAUCAUGAUUGCUGCGAGAGGGUCGUCAUCAACAUCUCAGGCUUGCGCUUUGAGACGCAGCUCAAGACCCUCUCUCAGUUUCCAGAGACGCUGCUGGGGGAUCCCAAGAAAAGGAUGAGGUAUUUUGAUCCUCUCAGGAACGAGUACUUUUUUGACCGGAAUCGGCCAAGUUUUGAUGCUAUUCUGUAUUAUUAUCAAUCAGGAGGGAGGCUGCGCCGGCCUGUUAAUGUGACCCUGGACAUUUUUUCUGAGGAGAUCCGAUUUUAUGAAUUGGGUGAGGAGGCUAUGGAAAUCUUCAGGGAGGAUGAAGGUUUCAUAAAGGAAGAGGAGCGGCCUCUGCCAGAGAAUGAGUUUCAGAGACAAGUAUGGCUGCUGUUUGAGUAUCCAGAGAGCUCAGGUCCUGCUCGCAUCAUUGCCAUCAUCUCUGUCAUGGUGAUUCUUAUCUCUAUCGUCAGCUUCUGUCUGGAAACAUUGCCAGUUUUCCGAAAUGAUGAUGUGGAGAUUUACAAUUCUCCAUUCCAGUCUAGGUCCAAUGCCACCUCUACCUAUAGCGGCUCGGAUUAUUUCACAGACCCUUUCUUCAUCGUGGAGACCCUCUGCAUCAUCUGGUUCUCUUUUGAGUUCCUUGUUAGGUUCUUUGCCUGUCCCAGUAAAGCUGGAUUUUUUGGCAACAUCAUGAACAUCAUUGAUAUAGUGGCAAUCAUCCCCUACUUCAUCACCCUGGGCACAGAGCUAGCAGAGAGGCCAGAGGACAGCCAGGCAGGCCAGCAGGCUAUGUCUUUAGCUAUUCUCCGUGUCAUUCGUCUAGUCAGGGUGUUUCGUAUCUUUAAACUCUCGCGUCACUCCAAGGGGCUCCAGAUCUUGGGACAGACUCUGAAGGCCAGUAUGCGUGAGCUGGGCCUCCUCAUCUUCUUCCUGUUUAUCGGUGUGAUCCUCUUCUCCAGUGCUGUCUACUUCGCAGAAGCAGAUGAGCCACAUUCCCAGUUCAGCAGCAUCCCUGAGGCCUUUUGGUGGGCCGUGGUUUCCAUGACUACCGUGGGCUACGGAGAUAUGGUCCCUACAACCAUUGGAGGAAAGAUUGUGGGGUCUCUCUGCGCAAUUGCCGGUGUGCUAACUAUUGCCCUGCCUGUACCUGUCAUCGUGUCAAACUUCAACUACUUCUACCACAGAGAGACGGAGGGCGAGGAACAGGCACAGUAUCUUAAUAUCCCAAGUGUGCCUAAAGCCAGCUCAGUUGACGAUCUGAAGAAGAGUGGUCGGAGCGGCAGUGGAUCCACUCUCAGUAAAUCUGACUAUGUGGAGAUCCAGGAGGCUGAUAACCACAGCACUGAGGGGUUAAGACCAGAGAGCAUGAAAACAGGAAACUGCACCCUGGCUAACACUAACUACGUAAACAUCACUAAGAUGCGUACAGAUGUAUAAUGUGAGCUACUGUAGAUGGUUAACUUCAGCUGGGGUCUAUAGGGACUGUAACAGGAGGAUGAAGGUAUGACUCCCUGUAUUGACCAACUAUGGUGCCCAGUUUGUGACUCCAGAGCAGAUGAGUGAGAUUAACUUGGAGAAAAGGUCAGUAGACAGGACAUCAUGUUCUCCCACAUCCUAUGGCACAUAUCAUAGAACGGCCACCCGGCUUAUUUAGGACAUUGUCAGUGUCUGCAUGGAGUUAGUCUUACCUAUGUGACAGUAGUCGUCCUGCUCGCAACAGUAGCAAAACAGUAGCCUAACCAGUAAUAAUCAAUAUUAACACCGUAAAGGUAACACUAGUUUCUAACUUAUUGCUCAAACUGCCGCUGGGAGAAGAUGCACGAUAACAAAACUUUUGAUCAGCGUAACCUUUAUUUUUAACCGUAACUUAACAUAUGAACUUGUGAUUUAAAACAGGCCAUAUUAUCAGCAUUCGUGAGCAACUUCAAUCUGCUGCUCUAACUGCCAAGGUCCUGACUCAGAGAAAAAACUAAAUCACCAAGAUCACAGCUGUUCUGUCAGGGGAAAACUGAAUUGAGCAACAGAGAGCGAGAGAGAGCGAUACUAAUAUGCUUUUGGCCAAAUGGUCAUUUGUUGCUUUCUCUGUCAGAGAAAAACCCUGAGUGCACUAGCAUUCCUCCCUGGGCCUGCACUAGAUAUUGUCUAGUACAAGAUAGUGGCCUCUGUAGAGACCAACAGAUAGAUGACAGUGCUGUGCUGUAAUUCUGGACCACAAUAACAAACCACCUUCUUUUUCCUGUUAUUUUUCCUUGAUGACGCUCAAGUGGAUUUACAGUAUGUACACUUUCUCAAGACUCUACCUGUUUUGUUUCCAGCCAAUGCAGGCUAGCAGGUGGACUGAAGAAAUGUCUCUCUAAACAGAGUGAAUGUCUUGUUUAUUUAUUGAUGUGUGUUCAUUUGAUUUGUUGUAAUGUAUGCUUUUUAGUAAUAUGAUGAAUGUGUGUGUGUUUUAUGGUUAAAAUACCUGAUGUAGAAAGAAAGAUAGUGAAUAUUUUCUUUAUAGCGUUCUGAGUGAGUGCCUAUAUCUCCAUUCUCUUAACUGCACCUUUAAGUGUCUCUUUAGCUGCCACCCAGGUCCACUGUAAUAGACAGUGAGAAGUGUUCAGUUUGACACUGCUGCCCAGCAAAAAUAUUGCUGUUCUUGACUUCAUAGCAUUCCAUGUUUGUAGAAGUAGAUAAAAUGAGAUUAAGGAGCAAACAAGGAUGAGUUUUUAGUUUGUUGUUUUGUCUGAAGCUAAUUUUUAUCUAUGAUGUUUUUCACCAUGACAAUAUACUUUGUAUGUCCAGAAUGCACAGAAUUGACCAGAAAAUGAUUCAUCAAACAUUAAAACACAGUUUAAGAUUUAUGGAAGCAAAGUUAAGUAGUUUUAUGUAUAAUUAAUGUAUUUUUUAUGGUAUUUACUCAAAAAGUUUAAAAUUACAGUUUUUCUCAAGGCCCUCUACCAAAGAAAAAGCUCAGUGAUCAACUAAAAUUAAUCCAUGACACCUUUAAGGUCCACCUAUUGUCAUACCAGCAAUGCCAGCUUUGUAUUAUUCAGUCUUGCUGGAUAGUGGUAAGAAGCAAUGUUAGCAUUUAAGUCUGCAGUAAGCUUGCUUGUGAUAUCCAGAAGCUCAUUAGCAAUACAGGUAACAUUGAUUUCUCCUACCUAAUCAAGCUGAUAACUAAUCUUUGCCUGUCUUGCCCUCUUUUUUCUCCCCUUAAACAAUAGAUCAAAAAUAGUAAACUUGUUAAAAACAACAAAAAAUAUUUUUUUGUUAUUUCACUAUUAGAUUUUAUUGCAACAAGUGUUGCUAGCUCAAUUAUCAGGUCACAGAAGAGAAAUGUGCCACCACCUGGCAUACUGUAUAUUGGGUUGUAAAAGAAAUGCUUUUGGUACUCAUGCAGUUUGAACAUUCAUUCCAUUGGUGGAUUUUUCCCGCAUAAUGCAGGACCUCGGCUAUGUGUCCUUUAUCAGCUUUUUAUCAAACAGAUGCUAUUCUGCUGUUGUAGUGCUGCAUGUCCUUUGAAGUAUUCAUUGUAGCAUGAAUUAGUAUGAAUAAUACUUAAAAAGCCAAUUGACAUGAAUAUAUUCCUAUAUCUGUAGAGGUACUGGCGCUAUGUGCAAUAUACUGUAUGAAAGACGUGUCUUGUUUUAGAAGUAUGUGUUAUGCUUUGCAUAUGCAUCUUCUUGCCAUUGCUAUCUGAAAUUUUGCUGAGUCGCAAUCCAUGUGAAGUAUUUAGGCGGUUAUGUGUCCAUGAGAAGAUUUGUUAACUAUCACUAAUGUAAGGAAGAUUGAGAAAGUAAAAGCAAGUUAAACAUGGGAGGAAACAGGGAAGGUUCGGGAAUGAGAGUCCAAAGCCACACUGACUCCAGAACAGGCAUAGCUGAACCUGUGAUCCACAGUUCAGAUGUUAACUAAUGUCCCGCUCCCUUCAGCUUUAAAGUCACAACCCAGUAACGGUGUAUCAUAGUGAAAGCAAACAGCUACUAUCUGCUGCCAGCCCAGUGGAUGCACAGAGAUCCAAACAGUCAGUCAGCCAGUCAGACUUUUUGCUCAGUGAAGUGUAUCAUAAUGCUCUAAGGGACUGUCUGAGUGCCCUUCUGUAUCUCUGAUAUAUAGGUCCAUCACUCUGUGUGUAGUGGUGUCUGUGCAUGUGUGUGUGUAUGUGAGAGAGAGAGAGAGAGAAUGAGAGAGACAAAGAGAUUGUGAGAGAAAUAGAGAGCUUUUAGAUGCACACAAGCUGAGUGUAUAGCUUUUAGAGACAAUGUGGUAGCAGUUAUCUAAAACACUGCUCUCCUUGACUCCAGGCCAGAACGACUAUGGUGCUCUCUAUAUUCUAUUCCAUCCUAGCACACUGUUUACAGCCUGUGUAUAUAUUCAACACAUACAUAUAGUGUAUUAAACAAAGAAAACUGAAAGGAAUGCCCUGGUACACUCACUAGAGAUGAGAUCUACAAGCAUGUGUUGACAUAUGAGAUAAGCUUCAGAAUCAGCCAGGACCAGUUACUUGGAAUGGCAGAGAGGAAAAGUUGGGAAGGAAAAUAUGAUAAUGAAAGUAAACACUGCCCACACCCUCCUUUGCUUUGUACUCUGAUGUGUACUUGUAUUUUUCUGAACUCUUCUUGUGUACUGGGACACCUAUGUGACUUUAUGUGGCUUGAAAGCUUCGUCUGUACUGCCGUCUUUUCCACUCUUGUUACCAAGCACACUACUGAAGUGACACUCUGUCAAGACAAAAACACCCUCUUGGAGAAACCAACAGGAUGGCACAUCAGGAUCAUCUCAACCAAGGAAAACACGUGUUUGCUGUACUCCACAACACAGACAAGACGACACUUGACACGCUCAUACACACACGCCGGACAUUUGACCACAUAAAAACACUGACGUGUACACACACUGCCUGUGAACAUACACCUUUAUGGGUCACAUCUGUUGUCAGGACAGACACCUGUGGUUCUAUCAAACUUAAAGGCCACAAAGUGAAUGGACUUUAACCCACUGCUGGUGGUGAACACACGUAGCCAUGUAAACAAUGUAUCAAAGAGUUACAGCUGCUUUCAAUGAUGUCUUAAAAUGCCUAAAGCUUCUGCUUUAAAACAAGCUUCUGCCAUGUACAGAUUCCUGUGUAGCAGGGAAUCGGAAGUGUAUGCUUGCUGAAUUAAUCCAAGAAACUAAAGUUGUAUAGUAGUAGUCUCUUAGGUUUAAUAUGCUCCAGGGACUAAGGAUAGAAGUAUUAAGAAAUCAAAAAGGAAAUAUCAUUUCUAUGAGAACUUUAACUUAUUUGUGUCAUCAGACACUGUAUAAUUGAACUGUUUGUUUUUUUCACUAUGUUUUUCUAUUUCAAUGUUAUUACUGGCUCACCUUUGAGCCUCACAGUGCAGGGGCUGAGGUUUGACUGAAAUACACAUGCAGGCCUUGGUCAAAUAGAUUCUCACUGUAAUGUCUUAAUACAUAUUUACCCCCAGACAACCUCUUCCACUUCCUCUACUUCCUCUAACUUCUUCAACUAGUCACAAAUGUGUGUGUAUGAUUUAGAUAAUCCUCAGCCUCUUCACUGUAGUGUGGUCUCUACUCAUGGUGGUCUAUACUCAAUUGUCUGUAUAAAGCCUGUGUUUUUUCUACCAGUGUAAGGAAAAAGACUGAACGAAGAUGCAAAUUGUCCAUUGUUAAAGGAAAUAUGGAUCUGAACGCUUGCUAUGCCCUUCACAAGGACUGCCAGUGAAUAUAAACAGAUUAAUAGAGAAUAUCUAUAGAGAUACUUUCAUCAUUCAAAAUAAUUGUAAAAAAUAAAACUGUUAUGAAUAAUAA